UUAUACUUGGGAAGCUGUUGAUACCAAAAAUCACAUGCUUUAUAAAAUCAGCGUCUGCGGAAACGUGGGCAUUGCCCAGUGUGGGAAAAGUGCUGUUUGUGUGCACGACUUGAAGACGGGCAGCUAUCGUUCCGUGGGUGACUCUGUUUUGAAAAGUGCAACCAGAACUCUUCUGGAAUUCAACACAACAAUUAGCUGUGAUGCGAAGCAAAACAAAGACCACCGAGUCCAGAGUAGCAUCACCUUCCUGUGUGGGAAAACCUUGGGAACUCCUGAAUUUGUAACUGCAACCGACUGUGUGCAUUACUUUGAAUGGAGGACUACUGCAGCCUGCAAGAAAGACAUAUUUAAAGCUAAUAAAGAGGUUCCGUGCUAUGCAUUUGAUCGAGACUUGAAGAAGCAUGAUUUAAAUCCACUCAUCAAGAUUCGUGGCGCUUACCUGGUGGAUGACUCUGACCCGGACACUUCUCUGUUCAUCAACGUCUGUAGAGACAUAGACUCACUGCGGGACUCGAGUCCGCAGCUGCGGGCCUGCCCCCCUGGCACUGCCGCCUGCCUGGUGAGAGGGAGCCAGGCGUUUGACGUCGGCCAGCCCAAGGAGGGACCCAAGCUCGUGAGCAAUGACAGGCUUGUGCUGACUUACGUGAAAAAAGAGGGAGAGAAGCCCGACUUCUGUGAUGGUCACAGCCCAGCUGUCACUAUUACAUUUGUCUGCCCGUCGGAGCGCAGGGAGGGCACCAUUCCCAAGCUCACGGCUAAAUCCAAUUGCCGCUAUGAGAUUGAGUGGGUCACCGAAUAUGCGUGCCACAGAGAUUAUUUGGAGAGCAGCACCUGCUCUCUGAGCAGUGAGCAGCAUGACAUUGCCGUUGACCUCCGGCCACUCAAGCAGGACAGAGCUCAUCACUAUACCUCAGAUGGAAAGGAAUAUAUUUUUUAUUUGAAUGUCUGUGGAGAAAUGGAAGCAAAGCCCUGUAAUGGGAAACAGGCUGCAGUUUGCCAAGUGAAAAAGCCUGAGUUAGCUCAAGUCAAAGUGGCAGGAAGAUUCCAGAAUCAAACCCUCCGGUAUUCCGAUGGAGACCUCACCUUGAUAUAUUUUGGAGGCGAUGAAUGCAGCUCCGGCUUUCAGCGGAUGAGCGUCAUAAACUUUGAGUGCAAUGAGACCGCAGUUAAUGGUGGGAAAGGAACGCCUGUAUUCACCGGUGAGGUGGAUUGCACCUAUUUCUUCACGUGGGACACAAAGCAUGCCUGUGUGAAAGAGAAGGAAGACCUGCUGUGCAGCGUCACCGACGGGAAGAGGCGGUACGACCUGUCGGCCCUGGCCCGGCACUCAGAACCGGAACAGAAUUGGGAAGCCGUGGAUGGCAGCCAGAAGGAAGCAGAAAAGAAGCAUUUCUUUAUUAAUAUCUGCCACAGAGUGCUGCAGGAAGGCCGGGCGAGAGGCUGCCCCGAGGACGCUGCCGUGUGCUCUGUCGAUAAGAGUGGAAGUAAAAACCUGGGCAAAUUUAUUUCUUCUCCCAUAAAAGAGAAAGGAAACAUUCAACUCUCUUAUUCAGAUGGUGAUGCUUGCAGUGAUGAGAAGAAAAUACAAACUAAUAUAACACUUGUGUGCAAGCCAGGUGACCUAGAAAGUGCUCCGGUGUUGAGGACCUCCGGGGAUGACGGUUGCUUCUACGAGUUUGAGUGGCACACGGCCGCAGCCUGUGUGCUGUCGAGGACCGAGGGAGAGAACUGCACGGUCUUUGAUUCCCAGGCAGGGUUUUCUUUUGAUUUGUCACCUCUCACAAAGAAAGACGGCUAUAAGGUUCAGACAGAGAAGUAUGACUUUUACAUAAACGUUUGUGCUGCGGUGUCUGUGGACUCCUGUCAGCCGGGCUCGGGAGCCUGUCAGGUAGCAAAAAGUGAUAAGAAGGCUUGGAACUUGGGACUGAGUAAUGCUAAGCUUUCCUAUUAUGAUGGGAUGAUCCAGUUGAACUACAAAGAUGGUACGCCCUAUAAUAAUGAAAAGCACACACCAAGAGCCACACUCAUCACCUUCCUUUGUGACCGAGAGGCUGGAGUCGGUGUCCCUGAGUAUCAGGAGGAAGAUAACUCUACCUACAACUUCCGGUGGUACACCAGCUACGCCUGCCCGGAGGAGCCCCUGGAGUGCGUGGUGACCGACCCUUCCACGAUGGAGCAGUACGACCUCUCCAGUCUAGCAAAAUCUGAAGGGGGCCGUGGAGGAAACUGGUAUGCCAUGGACAACGCAGGAGAACACAACACGUGGAGGAAAUACUACAUCAAUGUGUGCCGGCCUCUGAACCCCGUGCCGGGCUGUGAUCGGUACGCGUCUGCUUGCCAGAUGAAAUAUGAAAACAGCCAGGGUUCGUAUUCCGAAGUAGUUUCCAUCAGUAACUUGGGAGUCGCCAAGACAGGCCCCACGGUGGAGGAUAGCGGCAGCCUCCUUUUAGAGUAUGUCAACGGCUCAGCCUGCACCACCAGCGAUGGGACACGCACCACCUACACCACCAGGAUCCAUCUCGUCUGUUCCAGCGGCAGCAUGAAUACCCAUCCCAUAUUUUCUCUCAUUUGGGAGUGUGUGGUCACUUUUCUGUGGAACACAGAAGCUGCCUGUCCCAUCCAAAUAACAGAAGACACAGACCAGGCCUGCUCUAUAAGGGAUCCUAACAGUGGGUUUGUGUUUGAUCUUAACCCGCUAAACAAUUCCCAAGGCUACGUGGUCUCCGGCAUCGGGAAGACUUUUGUGUUUAAUGUGUGCGGCACGAUGCCAGUCUGUGGGACCUUGCAAGGAAAGCCAGCUUCCGGCUGUGAGGCAGAAACCCAGACAAAAGAUCUAAAGGAUCUGAAGCCAGAAAGGCUGGUUGGAUUCGAGAAAAGCCUCCAGCUGUCCACCGAGGGCUUUAUAACCCUGACCUACGAAGGGCCCCACUCCGCUGCCACAGGGACCAGUGAGGCUUUCAUCAUCCGCUUUGUUUGCAAUGAUGACGUUUACCCAGGAACCCCCACAUUCCUGCAUCAAGACAUUGACUCGCGCUUGGGGAUCCGAAACACUUUCUUUGAGUUUGAAACUGCGUUGGCCUGCGUCCCUUCUCCAGUGGAUUGCCAGGUCACGGACCUUGCUGGAAAUGAGUACGACCUGAGUGGCCUAAGCAAAGUCAGGAAGCCUUGGACUGCUGUGGACACCUCAGCUGAUGGCAGAAAGAGAACUUUCUACCUGAGUGUGUGCAACCCUCUCCCUUAUAUUCCUGGAUGCUAUGGCAGCGCAGUGGGGUCUUGCCUGGUGUCGGAAGAGAGCAGCAGAAACCUGGGCGUGGUGCAGAUCAGUCCUCAAGCUGCGGCGAACGGGUCCCUGAGCCUCGUGUACGUCAACGGCGACAAAUGCGGAGGAAACCAGCGCUACUCCACCAGGAUAACACUCGAAUGUGCUCACACCUCGGGCUCGCCAACAUUUCAGCUUCUAGAUGACUGUGAGUACGUGUUUGUCUGGAGGACAGUGGAAGCCUGCCCUGUUGUCAGAGCAGAAGGAGACAACUGCGAGGUGCAAGACCCGCGCCGUGGCAACUUGUACGACCUGAAGCCGCUGGCCCUAAAUGACACCAUCGUGACAGCCGGCGAGUACAACUAUUACUUCCGGGUCUGUGGGAAGCUGUCCUCAGAUGUCUGCUCAACCGCUGACAAGUCCAAGGUGGUCUCAUCGUGUCAGGAAAAGCCGGGGCCACAGGGAUUCCACCGCGUGGCAGGUCUCCUUAAUCAGAAGCUGACUUAUGAGAAUGGGUUGUUGAAACUGAAUUACACCGGGGGGGACACGUGCCAUAAGGUGUACCAGCGCUCCACAACCAUCUUUUUCUACUGUGACCGCGGCACCCAGAAGCCGGUGUUUCUCAAAGAGACUUCAGAUUGCUCCUACUUGUUUGAGUGGCGGACACAAUAUGCCUGCCCCCCUUUCAACCUGACCGAAUGUUCCUUCAAAGACGGGGCUGGCAACAACUACGACCUCUCAUCCCUGUCAAGGUACAGUGACAACUGGGAAGCGGUCACAAGGACAGGGGCCACCGAGCACUACCUCAUCAACGUUUGCAAGUCUCUGUCUCCUCAGCCUGGCUCGGAGCCAUGCCCUCCAGAAGCGGCCGUGUGUCUGGUGGGCGGCGCCAAGCCUGUGAACCUUGGCAGGGUGAGGGAUGGUCCUCAGUGGAAAGAUGGCAUCAGUGUCCUGAAGUACACUGAUGGCGACCUGUGUCCAGACCACGUUCGGAAAAAGUCGACCACCAUCCGAUUCACCUGCAGCGAGAACCAAGUCAACUCCAGGCCCAUGUUCAUCAGCGCGGUGGAAGACUGCGAGUACACUUUCACCUGGCCCACGGCAGCCGCCUGUCCUGUGAGGAGCAACGUGCACGGUGACUGCCAGGUCACCAACCCCGCCACAGGACACCUGUUUGAUCUGAAUUCUCUAAGUGGCAGAGCUGGAUACACUGCUGCUUACAGCGAGAAGGGGCUCGUCUACAUCAGCGUCUGUGGGGAGAACCAAAACUGCUCCCCUGGCGUGGGGGCCUGCUUUGGGCAGACCAGGAUCAGUGUGGGCAAAGCCACCAAGAGGCUGAUGUACGUGGAUCAGGUGUUACAGCUGGUGUAUGAGGAAGGAUCCGUCUGUCCUUCCAAAUCGGGCCUGAGGUACAAGAGUGUGAUCAGCUUUGUGUGCAGGCCUGAGGCCGGGCCCACCAACAGGCCCAUGCUCAUCUCCCUCGACAAGCAGACGUGCACACUGUUCUUCUCCUGGCACACGCCACUGGCCUGCGAGCAGAUGCCGGAAUGUUCCGUGAGGAAUGGGAGCUCCAUUAUUGACUUGUCUCCCCUCAUCCACCGCACUGGGGGUUACGAGGCAUAUGACGAGAGCGCGGACGAGUCCUCCGACACCAACCCCGACUUCUACAUUAAUAUCUGCCAGCCGCUAAAUCCUAUGCACGGGCUGCCUUGUCCCGCUGGAGCCGCCGUGUGCAAGGUGCCGGUUGACGGUCCCCCCAUAGAUAUUGGCCGUGUCUCAGGACCUCCAAUACUCAACCCUGUCGCAAAUGAAGUUUACCUGAAUUUUGAAAGCAGCACGCCCUGCUUAGCGGACAAGCAUUUCAACUACACCUCCCUGAUUGCCUUCCACUGUAAGAGAGGCGUGAGCAUGGGAACCCCUGAGCUGCUGAGGACCAGUGAGUGUGACUUUGUGUUCGAGUGGGAGACCCCGCUUGUCUGUCCCGACGAAGUGAAGAUGGAGGGCUGCUCUCUGACAGACGAACAGCUGUAUUACAGCUUCAACUUGUCCAGCCUUUCGAAAAGCACCUUCAAGGUGACUCAAGACUCGCGCACCUACAGUGUGGGGGUGUGCACGGCGGCGGCGGGCCUGGACGAAGGCGGCUGUAAGGACGGAGGCGUCUGUCUGCUCUCAGGGAGCAAGGGGGCGUCUUUCGGACGGCUGGCGUCCAUGAGACUGGACUACAGGCACCAGGACGAAGCCGUCAUUUUAAGUUAUGCCAAUGGAGACACUUGCCCUCCAGAAACCGAGGACGGUGACCCGUGUGUGUUCCCCUUCAUAUUCAAUGGAAAGAGCUACGAGGAGUGUGUUGUGGAGAACAGGGCGAAGCUUUGGUGCGCCACCACCGCAAACUACGACCGAGACCAUGAGUGGGGCUUCUGCAAACACUCAAACAGCCACCGGACGUCUGCUAUCAUCUUUAAGUGUGACGAAGAUGCUGACAUUGGAAGGCCACAGGUCUUCAGUGAAACUCGUGGGUGUGAGGUGACAUUUGAGUGGAAAACAAAAGUGGUCUGCCCUCCAGAAAAGAUGGAAUGCAAAUUCAUCCAGAGGCACAAAACCUACGACUUACGGCCGCUGUCCUCUCUCACCGGGUCCUGGUUCUUUGUCCAUCAAGGAGCCUCGUACUACAUAAACCUGUGUCAGAAAAUCCAUAAAGGGCCCCUCGACUGCUCUGACAGAGCCAGCAUUUGCAAGAAGAGCACAUCUGGGGACGUGCAGGUCCUAGGGCUCGUACACACGCAGAAGCUGGACGUUAUAGAUGACAAAGUCAUCGUAACUUAUUCAAAAGGUGAUCAGUGUGGUAAAAAUAAGACUAUAUCCACCGUCAUUGAAUUGACCUGUGCGAAGACGGAGGGCAGGCCUUCAUUUGAGAGGUUUGACGCUGACAGCUGCACUUAUUACUUGGGCUGGGACUCGCGGGCUGCCUGCGCCGUGAAACCGCAGGAGGUACAGAUGGUGAACGGGACCAUCACCAACCCUCUCAAUGGCAAGAGCGUCAGCCUCGGAGACAUUUAUUUUAAGCUGUUUAGUGCCUCUGGGGACAUGAGAACAAAUGGGGACAAGUACCUGUAUGAAAUCCAGCUUUCUUCUAUCACAAACUCCAAAAAUCCGGCUUGCUCUGGGGCCAACGUAUGCCAGGUUAAACCAAAUGACCAGCAUUUCAGCAGGAAAGUCGGAACUUCUGAUAAAACCAAAUACUACGUCCAAGAUGGUGAUUUAGAUGUGGUGUUUACCUCAUCCUCUAAAUGUGGACAAGAUAAGACAAAAUCUGUCUCUUCCACCAUCUUCUUCCGCUGCGACCCUUUGGUGAAAGAUGGGAUCCCUGAGUUCAGCCACGAGACUGCUGACUGCCAGUACCUCUUCUCCUGGUACACCUCUGCCGUGUGUCCCCUGAGGAUGGGCUUAGACGACGACAGCGCUGGAGAGGACACGCCGGAGCACAAGGGGCUCUCGGAGAGGACCCAGGCCGUGGGGGCGGUCCUCAGCCUGCUGCUGGUGGCGCUCACCGGCUGUCUGCUGACACUGCUGCUCUACAAAAAGGAAAGACGGGAAAUGGUGAUGAGUAAGCUAGCCAGCUGCUGCAGACCAAGUGCAAACGUGUCCUACAAAUACUCAAAGGUCAACAAGGAGGAAGAGGCGGAUGAGAACGAGACCGAGUGGCUGAUGGAAGAGGUCCAGGCGCCGGCCCCGAGGCCCCGGAAGGAAGGGCAGGAAAACGGCCACAUCACCACCAAGUCCGUGAAGGCCGAAGCCCUCACCUCCCUGCACGGGGAUGACCAGGACAGUGAGGACGAGGUCCUGACCAUCCCGGAGGUGCGCGUGCACUCGGGCAGAGGGACUGGGGCCGAAGGCGCGGGCCAAGUGAGACACCCACCGAGGAAGAUGCCCCGGGAACGGGCGGACGACAGGGCAGGGCUGGUGAGAGGCGGGAAGGCGAGCCGGGGCGCGCCCAGGCCUGCAGCGCCGAAGCCCGUGGACUCGGGCAGCCUGGCGUCCUUCCACGACGACAGCGACGAGGACCUCUUGCACAUCUGAACUCCCGGUGCCUACAAGGGGACGUGGGUCGGUGGUAUAGCCAGGCACCUCCAACCAAAUAAGACUUCAACUCGAUGAUGCUUCUAUCAUUUUUGCCUUUAACAAAAACUGUUUCAAAAGGGAAAAGUUUUUGUGAUGGGGGAGAGGGUGAGGAGGUCAGGCACCGCUCAUCCGUGAUUGAUCACAGUCAUUGGAAUGGGGCAUCACUCCAGUUGCCAAAGGGCGGUGUCAGGGGCCCCGGGUUUUGUCCCAAGUCCUCAUUUAAAAGCAUGGCUGCUGUGCGCUUCAUAAUACGCGCCAGGGCCAGCUGCAUCUGGGAACCGAGGGCUGUAUUUGAGAAAAACCCUUGCUGCUUUAGGCCCUAUAGGGUAUUUGACCAUUAUAUUUUAGCAUUUAAUUCUCUCCUCCUAUUUAUUGACUUUGACAAUUACUCAGGUUUGCAAAAAAAGAAAAAAAAAACAGAAAAAAAAAACAAACAAACCACCCAACAGCUUCUUCCUGUAGGCAGAGGAUAAUGUACUAGCUCAUCUGUUGUCAGAGGGAAGCUGUCGGUGUACUGGGUUGGUUUCAUACGAGAUUUUGAACUAGUCAAUCAUGUAUCCUCUAAGUUAGAAUAAUCCAUUCUGUCUCCUUUCCUCUUGGCUUUCUGUUUCUGAAGGGCACGCACACGUGCACGCACAUGCACGCACGGGGUCCCUGAGUGCCUAGGCUUCCGAGGGUCUGCCUGUUCUACGCCUCCAGUCAGGGACGGCUGCGGCUUUUUGCAUGACAUCCUUAAUCCUAGGUGCACAGAGAACAUUAUCCAGUAUUUCUUUCACCGGCUGGUGAAUUCCAACAACCCACCCAAAGAUUGAUUUUGUGUGUGUGUGUGAGAAUGGAGUUGAGAUGUCAGAGAAUAUAACCUUUUUUCCAGAUUUGGGGUAUAGGUCUCACCUCUUCAGGUUCUCAUGAUACCACCUUUACUGUGCUUAUUUUUUUAAGAAAAAAAAAAAAAGUCUUGAUCAACCAUUUGACCUAUAAGAAGCCUUAAUUUGCACAGUGCGUGACUUAAUGGAAAUUGCAUGAAAGCCGAUGGGCUGGAAUCUCGCCCUAGUGUUGCACUUGGACUCUAGCUGCAGGGCGGCCGAGGUCGGGCCUCAGGGCUGCAGACGGGGCAGCUCGGCUGUCUCUCCCCACUGCGGGCUCCUUUCUUGAAGUGUUUAAUGAAUGACUUUUCUCUUAUUCUAGAAUUGUACAUAGACUCAGCGGUCAUCGUAUACUGAAAAGCAAACCGCUCUACAGAAUUCCUUGGUUUGUACUCAGUGUGGCUGGCUCAUUUGAUUUCAACAUGAGUGUAUUUUUAAAAAUUGAUUUCUUUCCUCAUUUUUUUUCCAAUCAAAUUUACUGUAAUAUAAAGUAUUCAACAAUUUCAAUAAAAGAUAAAUUAUUAA